AUGAUUAUGGAUUUUCUGAGCGAGAAGUUUGCCCUGAAGAGCCCGCCGAGUAAAAACAGUGACUUUUACAUGGGAGCGGGAGGCGCUUUGGAGCACGUUAUGGAAACUUUGGACAAUGAGUCCUUUUACAGCAAAACCUCAGGCGGCAAAUGUGUGCAGGCCUUCAACCCCCUCCAAAGGGCAGAGCAUCAUGUGAGGCUGGAGAGGACAUCUCCCUGUCAGGAGAAUAAUGUGAACUAUGGAAUUACUAAAGUAGAAGGACAGCCUCUUCACACUGAGCUGAAUAGAGCCAUGGACAACUGUAACAAUCUUAGGAUGUCGCCAGUGAAGGGGCUUCAGGAGAAGGGCGAACUGGAUGAACUUGGAGAUAAAUGUGACAGCAACGUCACCAGUAGUAAGAAGAGGAGACACAGAACCACCUUUACCAGUUUACAGUUGGAGGAGCUGGAGAAAGUCUUCCAGAAGACACAUUAUCCUGAUGUGUAUGUGAGAGAACAGCUUGCUCUGAGAACAGAGCUCACAGAAGCCAGGGUGCAGGUUUGGUUUCAAAAUCGAAGAGCUAAAUGGAGAAAAAGGGAACGAUAUGGUCAGAUACAACAAGCCAAAAGCCAUUUUGCUGCCACUUAUGAUAUAUCAGUUUUACCUCGGACUGACAGCUACCCACAGAUUCAGAACAAUUUGUGGGCAGGAAAUGCAACUGGUGGUUCUGUGGUUACAUCCUGCAUGUUACCUCGUGACACUUCCUCCUGUAUGACACCCUAUUCUCAUUCGCCUCGGACAGAUUCUGGUUACACAGGCUUUUCAAACCACCAGAACCAGUUCAGCCAUGUGCCACUCAACAAUUUUUUCACUGACUCUCUACUUUCUGGUGCUUCCAAUGGACAUGCAUUUGAAACAAAGCCGGAGUUUGAAAGAAGGUCUUCCAGUAUUGCAGUUCUUCGAAUGAAAGCCAAAGAGCACACUGCCAACAUUUCGUGGGCCAUGUAACAAACCGAACUUUCUUUUUUUCUUUUAAUAGCAAAGUGAAAAUGAUAUUAUUUCUCAUAUUUAAAGGAUACACAAUAAGCUGCUGUGUGUGGAAUUGCUAAAGGUCAGGAAAUGCUAUGAAUGAAGAGAGCUUAAACACAUACCUGAUAGUAUUUAACAAUAAACUAAGAAUAAACCAGUAAAGAACCUAAAUAGGUUUACCA